AUGCUCGAGACCUCCCAGCGGCGCACCGGCGCCGCCGCCUCCCCGUGGUGCUUUGACGGCUCAGCCGCCGGCCCGUCCUGCAACACGUGCUCGCGCUACGCGCAGGGCGCCUGGGUGCAGACUGAGAAGCCGCCGCUCUACCGGCUGACCUCCUCGCUUCUCGCGGUGCGAGCGGGGGUCUCCAUCUCGAACAGGUCCACACACCACUACGGCAAUUGCGCCGACCAGCACGAGCGCCGCCACGGCGGGCGCAGCUCCAUCCCCGAGCGCGAGUGGCGGCCAACCGGCUGCAGGCUUGAGCAGUUUGAGCGCGAGCGCGCGUGCGCCACGCUCCGCUCCGUGGGCCGCAGCCUCCUCAUCGUCGGCGACUCGACCACCGGCCAGCUCUUCCUCUCAAUCAGCAUGAUGCUCGGCGCCACGCUCGGCCGCAACCGCGACAAGAAGAGCGUGCUCAACGACGUAACCGCAUCCGCGUGCAACGACACGGUGCGGAUCAGUUUCGUGCGGCGCGACCUACUCCUCUUUGCGAUGCACCAGCACGAGAUCGGGCAGGUGCGCCGGUGCAACCCGCGCUUCAGGGAGCUCAUCGGCACCAGCCUCUAUCCGCGCCGCGCAAGCAUUGCGGACGCCGUCGUGCUCUCGACAGGGCACCACCACCCGGCGGUGCAGGAGCAGCUUGGCCGCUCGGCCGACGCCUUCUUCACGCGGAGCCUCAACCACACCCUCCAGUCGAUCGCGCGGCUGCGCGCCGCGCGAGGCAAACCGCCCGCUUCGCUGGUCGUGCUCGGCGCCACGCUGCCGGUGCCGCACUGCACACGGUACUCGCAACCGAUCGACCUUGCUGAGUACCUCGCCGCUGACGCGGGCGAGCGGCGGGUGCGCUACGGCAACAGCUGGAGGCGGAUCACACGCCUCAACUGGGUGGCGUCCACGCUCGCACGCGCCGCCGGCGCCUCGUACCUCGCAGUCGACGAGCUCUCCGCCCGCCGGCCGGACGCCGCGAUGGCACAGGCGGCGGCGGCGGCCGAGCCAACCUCCGAAGCGGCCAAGCGGGUGCCGGACUGCCUGCACUACUGCCAGCCAGGCCCGACCGACGCGUGGUCGAACCUGCUGCUCAACCUCCUCGCCAGCUGGCAGCGGGGCGGCCUGCGCCUCCCUGCCGCCGCCGGGGACGGCUUCUUUGGCGUCGAGGCCGACAAGUGGGUGAGUAUGCGCGGCGCGGGGCUCCAUCUCGAGCGUUCGUCCCAGCGCAGCGCUGAUAAAGCGCCGUCCCUCACCAAAGAGUGGUGGUGGCCAUUUGGCAACUGCAGCCGAACAAGGGAGAAGCGCGCAACAGAGCUCAUACGCGCGAUGUGA